AUGGGCACAGAGCUUUUCGUCGCUAAGAGGUUCUUCGAAAUUGGUUCCGAUAGUGAGAUUACGCCCGCUGAGAACGAGGAACAUNUGAGAAGUGAGCUUGUACGCUUGAAGACUGCGUUCUGGAUGCUCAACAAAUUCAAGGAACACGCAAAGGCGAAUAGUGUAGAGAUUGCAAAUGUUUCUGAAGGCUUUUUGGUAAAGGAGGUUGGUGAACCGUCUAUUGCCUCAGGUCUUCCGGCCUUCGAGACGGAUUCUGCAACCUGGCUUGUUGAGCCUCGCCGCACAAAAUCGGUCGUGAAAUUCAGUGGAACUCUGAUUCAUCCCAGUCAUACAGACAAGGUCGGAAUAACGCUUGUAGCGUUUGCCCACUUCUCCUAUGAAUUCAGCCAGAAACAACUUGUUUUUGCAGAUAUCCAAGGCUCCCCUAUGAAUAUUAAUGGCCGUGAUACCCUUGUUCUCUUUGACAUUAUGUCACAUUCUCAUACUUCUGAUUCUGGUAUUGGAGACCAUGGACCGAUGGGGAUCGAAUCUUUCUUGGAACAGCAUACGUGUAAUUAUGUGUGCAAGGGGCUCAACCUCACUUCUUUUGGCAAGAGCGUAACAACUAAAAGCUGCUCGGAAGGCGAAGGCGAGGAUGAGGAUGAGUUAGAUCAGUUGGAUAAAGAGUAA